AUGGAUGCAUUUACGCUGACGCCGCUGAUCAUCGAGAGUUAUACGGGCGAGCUGUGCCAGGGCAAGUACCACGGCGAUGGCAAGCUCCAGUUCAUAUCCGGCAACGGCUACGAAGGCUCGCUUGUGAACGGAUACAUGCAUGGGACCGGCACGUUUACAUGGCGGGAUGGCUCCAAGUACUCGGGCGACUUUCAAAACAACAAAGCCACGGGCACUGGCAUGUAUUCAUGGACAAACGGCUGUCAGUACGACGGAGAGGUCGUGAAUGGCCUCAGGUCUGGAAAGGGCAGGUUCGAUUGCGCUCCGAUGAACGCCUCGUACAGCGGCCAGUGGAAGGACGGCAAGAUGAACGGCGAGGGUGUCCUGAUGUAUUCACGCGAAGGACCCAGCGGCUACUCCGGUGACUGGCGCGACGGUAUCAAGGAAGGGCAUGGGACCAUGGUCUAUGCGUCCGGAAACGUGUAUGAGGGAGGAUGGAAGAACAACGUCAAGCACGGACGCGGCACCAUGAUCUGGAAAGAUCGCAAUGAAGAGUAUUCCGGCGAAUGGGAGAACGGGCUUCCGAACGGCUACGGCGUCUACACAUGGAAGAUUGAUCGAAUCAUACAGCACCAGUUUCCGAGCCACAACCGAUAUGAGGGCCAGUGGCUUAAUGGAAAGCGACAUGGAUGGGGCGUGUUUCAAUAUGCCAGUGGGGCGCAGUACGAAGGCGAAUGGAAGGAAAACAUGAAGCACGGCAAAGGCAGCUAUGUUUCGGACAAUGGAAGGCGCUAUGUUGGAAGAUUUGAAAACGACCGAAUGGUGGGGAGCUUUCCAAAGUUUCAGAAUGAGUGCCCAUUUGUGUUCAGACUCAAGAGGGCUGAAGAAGCAUCCGAAGAAGAAUCCAGGCUGAUCAACAGCGUCGUCUUGAGACAUAUUGGACAACUUCGAAACUUGUAUCAAAACUACUGUAAUAUGGGAGAGAAGCUCGAGAAUGGAUCGCUGGCUAUGACGAGACUGCAGCUGUGGCGACUUUUGAUCGACUCGAAUCUCCGCAAACAGGGGCUUCCCCUAGUCGAAAUGAACAGGUCCCACUCGGCCCUGUACUCAAGCGAUACAUUAUUUCGAAGCCGCUUGCAUAAUCCACACGCGCCACACGAGCGGUUUAUUCUUUACGACUUUCUUGAAGCGCUGAUUCAGAUCGGAGCAUUGGCAUAUGGAAAUUGCAAAGAUUUAUCCAUCCACGAGACCGGACUGGCGGCAUCAUUUUCCCAUCUGAUCAAAAACAACCUCCUUCCGGCCUACAGCGAGGCCGAGAAGCGGGAAAUCGCAGCAUUCGGCGAUGUCCUGAAGGAAUUCAAAUCAAACACGAUGCAGGAAAUGGCCGAGGCUUACCAGGACAGAAUCUUUGUGAUGUAUCAAGAUUUGGCAAAGUACUCGAAAAAGUCCCUCCCGGACUCGACCGGGGACAAGACGUUGACGAUUCGCAUGUUCAUUUAUAUCCUCAAGGACUAUGGCUUUCUUGAGAGUUCAAGUACACUCACGAUUCCCCAAGUCAUCGAGGUGUUUGCGAGCCAGCUUCCGGGAGUGUCUGAUCAGGGCUGCUACAAUCUGGAGUUUGAAGUAAGUCAGGACGAGGGUUCAUGGAGGCGAUGCCGAUGCCGAUGUCGAUGCCAGUAG